AUGGCAUCUCUACCGCUUCCCCGUCUGGAGUCCCUCGCAGACUAUACCUCUUUCCAACUCACCGUUCGCCCUUACUCAUCCCAGCUGCCAUGGCUGCCGGACAGCUUGUACGAAGCUGGUCGCGAUGUGUAUAGCUUGCAAGCUGUCUAUCUGGCCACCAACCCUAUGGUCUCCGCGCUUGCCUUGAGUGGAGUUCUGGCCGCGAUCUUCUUCCUUGCAGCUGAGAUCAACCGGAACUAUUCGCAAGUUGACCGAUUCUGGAGCAUUCUCCCCACGCUGUACAAUGUGCAUUUCGCGGUUUGGGCUCGCUUGUCUGGAAUCCAGACUCACACCUUGGAUACAAUCGCUGCCAUCAGUGUUCUCUGGAGUAUUCGCCUGACUUUCAACUACUGGCGCAAAGGAGGAUACUCGAUCGGCUCCGAGGAUUAUCGCUGGAAGAUCGUGCAAUCCAAGGUGAACAAUGCUUUCGUUUUUAGCAUCUUUAACCUUGGCUUCAUCGCAGUAGCCCAGUCUCUGCUUCUGCUUCUUAUCACCGCCCCGACCUACAUUUUCGUCGUCGCCGCAUACAACCAGGGCACCGAAACCUUUGGCCUUCCCGACUUGGCCUUCUCUCGCGCCAUCUUCUUCUUCAUCGUCAUCGAGUUCUUUGCCGAUGGUCAGCAGUGGAACUUCCAGACUGCCAAGAAGGAGUACCAGGACAACGCGCGCAUUCCCGAAGCCUACAAGGAUCAAUUCAGCGCCGAGGAUCUCGAGCGUGGCUUUGUCGUCAGCGGUCUUUGGUCCUUGUCGCGUCACCCCAACUUUGUUGCCGAGCAGGCCGUCUGGCUGACCAUGUACGUUUGGUCCUGCUACCGCACUGAGACAUACUAUAGCUGGGCCGGCCUAGGUGUUCUCGGGUAUCUUGCCAUCUUCCAAGGCAGCACUCGCUUGACCGAAGGCAUCAGCGCCAGCAAGUACCCUGAGUACAGUGAUUACCAGGCUCGUGUUGGGAGAUUCCUUCCUCGCUUCUCCAUCAAGGCCAAGAAGACCAAGAAGACCAGCAAGAAGAACAACUAA